AUGACUUGGCUGUGGUUGUUUUUGAGUUUGGCGGUUACGGUCAACGCCUACAGUAAAUCGUACCCGUACGAGGAUGGUGUUAGGAGGCACGAGACAGAGUUUGGCGAGUUCAGCAAGGUAAAUUAUAUUGUUUUAGGUGGUUUUAGGUACGAAUUUGGAAAUAUUGUUAUAAAAAUGAUGAUAAUUAUGUCUAAAACAGAUAAUUGUGAAAUGACAUUAUUUUCAGCUAUAAAAUGCAGUUUUAUUUACAAAAUCUAUGUUUUUACUUUACUAUGACAUAUCUUCCAGAAUGUGCACCCGAAUGUAAUCAGAAGAUACGAGCAAGAUACCGAGCCUCAAGGCAGGGUAGAUGAAGAUCUGAUUCGUCAAAUUGGAAAAGCGAUUAAGCCUAGGGACUUCUCGGCCUGGAACCUGUUCUUGGGCUUCAUGGAGAAGCACAACAAGGGCUACAAGAACAAGAAGGACGUGCUACACCGCUUCAAGGUCUACAAACGCAACCUGAAGGCGGCCAAGAUGUGGCAGGAGAACGAGCAGGGGAACGCCGUCUACGGAGAGACCCAGUUUAUGGAUCUGACGGCUACUGAGUUUAAAAACGUAAGCGGAUUCUGGUGUGGGCACAGUGUUUAAGUUGUUAUAUCUGUUGGUACUUGAACGGUUGUUUUCGGUACUACAUUUUGUGUUUGACAGUACGAUUAAGUAUGUCAAUAUAGUACUAAUUUUAGCAUACUUAAUCUUUUGAUAGUACUGAUUUAAAUCUAUAUCUAUAGAAUAGCAGUAGAUAAUAUAGACAGCUUUAAAGUAACAUCUUUCAGAUCUACCUGCCCUACGUAUGGCCUCAGGUCCCAAAUGCCAAAACCUUGACUCCAGAAGAACUGAUUGAUUUAGAAUCCACUGAUUUGCCAGAUUCUUUUGAUUGGCGUGAGAAGGACGUCGUCACCGAUGUCAAGAAUCAGGGAAGUUGCGGAAGUUGCUGGGCUUUCUCAGUUACUGGCAACAUCGAAGGACAAUGGGCUUUGAAGACCAAGAAACUGGUACCAUUGAGUGAACAAGAGCUGCUGGACUGUGAUGUUGUAGACCAAGCUUGCAAUGGAGGUCUACCACUCAAUGCUUACAAGUAUGUGCUGUGUUUAUAAUGUUUAAAAAGGGGGGGGGAGUUUAAAUUUUGCUGAUAAUGAUUUAUCUUAAGGAAUUAUGACAUUUUUUAAAGUUAACUUUUUUAAAAUUAAAAUUUUUUUAAAAAGGAAAUGCCAUUCUUUACUAGACAUGAGAAACGGGCCGGGCCCAAUUUUUAAGCCCGGCCUGAUCGAAAUUUUGCUCAAGGUCGGGCCGUUUCUCAUGUCUAUUCUUUACAAUCCACCUAAUUCCAGAGAAAUCAUGCGUCUUGGUGGCUUAGAAACGGAAGAUGAAUAUCCAUAUGAACAAGAACAAGAGGCCAGCUGUAAGUUGGAGAAGAGCGAGCUGGCUGCCUAUAUCAAUGGAUCGCUUCAGUUGCCUAAAGAUGAGCAGAAGAUUGCUGCCUAUCUCCUCAAGCAUGGUCCUAUCUCUAUUGGUAAGUUUCUUGUUAAGUUUUUGUAUUUUAGAUUAAUAUAAGCGGGCUACAACAUAUUUUAUAAGUCUCGAACCUCAAGCCAGCCUAGAACUCUUUAUUUAUUAUCUUAACAAAGCGAAACUUCCCGUAAGGUUACUGUAACAACAAAUAUUCACCUGACUUCUGACCACGUCCUUCUCGAAGCCAUCGUGACACGACGUGUAGCUUCCAUGGAGCGGGUCUUGGUCAGCGGCUUCUGGGUUAGCAUGAGUUGUUGCUGCCUUAUCGUGACUUCCGUAGGGAACAGCUUCUCCGCCGGCUCCAGAAGAAAGUCCAGGAUCUUGACGUGGACUUGGAAGAGCCAUUCCAGAAGUUUGUCGCGGCAUUUCUCCAGAAACGAGAACACUAAAACCAAUUAAUCAUUAAGGAGAGGCCUUGUGGAUGUCUUGAGGGCUUGUCAAUGUCACUUAUGGUAGUUACUCGGUCAAAAAGUUUGUAGAAAAGUUGAGAAAACAGAAGAAAAAAGCGAAAACAUUAAGAGAAUGUUAAGCAUAUUCAUUGGUAGGGUUAACUACAAAACGUACAGUAAACGCAUGGUAAGGUACUUUUAGGUUUCUGUGGUUUAUAUUAAGGUACUUUACAGUAAACAAAAGCUUCAAUUUCCUACUGUAACUUAAAUUUUGGCAAAGUUCUCAAUAGUUUGUUCAAAUAAUUCAGUGCUCUCUCUCAAAGCAAAUUUUUUGGGGAUAAGGGGCUCAAAAUUAUUUGAACAACCUGAUACGUUUAAGUAAGUAUAAUAUGAUUAAAACAUAAAAUACGACUCACCAGAAGUGCCAUUUCUUUUGUGCUUGGCCAAAUUGGCAGCGACUUUCUUGGUGUAGCGAGUGUAGGAUGGGUUGGUGUACUGUAGACACAAGGGCUUCUUGUUAUCAGUGAAUCGCCACUUCUGAGGUGUGCUCUUGCCUAAUUUACUCUCUUCCGAUCGAAAUAUCUUGCUGGACUGUCGUUGGGCGACAGAAUGUCGUGCCAGCCGGCUCAUCGCCAUAAAUAUAAGAAGAUAGUAUAAUCGAUCGGUCGAAAGGGUUGUUCAAUUAUCUUCUUCUAGUCGGUUUUGUAGACAAUUGCCAAGUACGCCGUUUUUUAAAGCGUAAUAUCUGACGUCUACAACGUGCCUUUGAUUAAUGGCUACACCGUCGUUUUAAUGGCUUCACGUUCCUUUAAUGGCUACACCGUGCCGGCAGGAAAUGGCAGAGGUCACGUUACCUUGCAAGCUUCAUCCAUUAACAACAAACAACACGCAAUUGCCCUCAGGGGAGACGUGGAACGGUGAAAUUGGAGCAAAUGUUCAUGGAGAGAUUGUUCCCAUAAGCGGCCGAAAAGCACGGAAAAAGCUAAGCGUUUGGCCCCUUUUUUGCUUUUUAUUGCGCGGCCAAACCCCCCCCUUGUCGGCGGGAAAGCCCCCCCCCCUUCUUUGGCGGCCGCUUAGAGAUUCAUAAAGACGAUGACGUUGAAGACAUUACUUUACAGACAAUUUUAAAGAAAUGUUUUUGAAAUGUUUGUUGAUAUUGUAAGGACAUAGGCUUAUGACGUUAACGGGAUAUAUACAUGUAACUAGAAAUAUACUUUGUCUAUACAGUGGAAGUAAGCCGUUAUUAUAGAAGGGGUCUUGUUGUAAUCAAAAAAUAUUUAAAAAAAGGAUUUUGAUAUUCUUAUCAUAGUAUAUCAGCAUAGUACUUGAGCUUACACACGUGAAAACCUUAUAAACUCUACACGACAUACGUGUUUUCUUUGACAUAUAUAUAUAUGUAUGUUGUCGUCUGUGAAAAUUCGCCAAACCAUGAAAAUUUGAUUAUGCCUGAGGCAGAAAAGCAGAAGUGAAGUCAUUAGGACUACAAAUCUUAUUGUAGUUGUGUCUGGUGGAACUGCAGUCACAUCUUUUGUAGCAUAUAUACAGCAUUAGGAUUAGCUUUAGUUUGUUACCUAAAACAUUGGUUUUUACAUUAUACAUGUUAGUGGAUAGUGUAAACUAUACUAUACAUGUUGUAGUUAAUGUAAUUCACCAUAUGCUUGCUUUAUUGGUCAAAAAGUCUGUAGAAAAAGUUUAGACAAAACCACACAUACAUAAAACAAUAUUAUUGUAGGAGUAAACGCGAAUCCCCUCCAAUUCUACCGUCACGGUAUCUCCCACCCAUGGAAAGUGUUCUGCUCGCCUCUGAUGCUGAAUCACGGUGUUCUGAUCGUGGGUUUCGGCCAAGAAGGGGCCAAGCCCUUCUGGAUCAUCAAGAACAGUUGGGGACCGAAGUGGGGAGAGUCGGGCUACUACAGACUUUACCGUGGUAAAAACGUGUGUGGAGUCUCGGAGAUGGCUACUACUGCCAUUAUCAACUAA